AACCAAGUGAGCUCAGACGGAGACAGAUUUAACAAAAGUUCUGGUCCAACACUGUGUACAAGGSAUCCAAUAUGAAGACCUUUAACUUCAGGCAGAGUGACCCGGAAGAACCAGCACAGCUCAGCCAUCCAAAMAUCGGCACCCAACUCCAACGAUCCAGCUACAACCCGCUCACCAGACCACUUMCGCCUCAGUCUUCAGCGGUGAYGUCACAGCCCCAACUCCAGCCGGGUCCAUGCCAGCRCCAACAGCUCCCCCUAGUGGGAGUCAGGUCRUAUCACCCCCUGUUGUUUCUGUACCUUCUCUUUCUUCACCCUCCUCAUCCCAACCCUCCCACGUUGACCCWGUCGUUCAACCCCAGGCCAGUCAGGCCUCACUCAUCCCCUCCGUUCAUUCAUCCCUUCAUCCCUCUGCCUCUUUUUCUUCCCUCCCACCUCUUUCUCAAUCCUUUUCGGCUCCUGUUCCCAUACCCUCCUCAUCCCAACCCUCCCACGUUGACCCAGUCGUUCAACCCCAGGCCAGUCAGGCCUCACUCAUCCCCUCCGUUUAUUCAUCCUUUCUUCCCUCCCAUCUCUUUCUCAACCCUUUUUUCUGCUCCCCUCCCGUUUCCUAGCGAGCACAUUCAAGCUCCUCAUCCACCUCCUUCAUCCCUACCUUUACCAUCGGCUCAACGAUCGGCCAUCUCGGGGCCACCUUUUACACCUCCUGCGCCUUCAUUUCUCCUCUUAUCCUUCCCCAAUCUCCUUCUCCCGACAUCCUAUGUUCCUUCCCAUCAUUCUAACCACUACUCUCUAUCUACAGCACACUCCCUUAGCCACUCCAGCCUGUCCCACGAGCUGCCAACCAGCCUGGGGCCCAUGCAACCAGGCCACCCCUCAGUCUCCCGUUCCAAGGAAGUCACCCCAGCCGAGUUUGCUUUGGCCUUCUCACUCUUUAGGGACACAUUUUGUUCCCUUUUCCCCGACCACCAUUCAGAGCUCGAUGAUUAUCUUUCCAUCGUGCUCGAUAUGGCACUUCGUUUCGGAGGCAUGGCCUUUUACGAGAACCAUGUCCUUUUGGCCACUCAGGCAGCAGGUCGGUUAGCCCAGUUUAACCAGGRGACCUUUUGGGGUGCUCUGGACUCAGAGCUCUACUGCCUUAUCUUCGCCACUCGAGCUUCCAUUAGAUGCAGUCUCUGUGGUGCUCCUUCCCACCCCGCCACCGCCUGCACUUUCGUUAUGCCCCUCCGUUCUCGGUCCUCCGCUGCCCGUGGUCCUUCUGUUUUUGAACGUUUGUCUCCUACCGCCCCUCCCCCGAUCCCCAAGUCCCUUCCUGUUCAGCGCAGGCCCGUUGCCCCUUCCCCCAGGGGCAUCGACAAACACGGCUGCCCCAUCUUCUACCAAGGCGGCCGCAUGGUGUGCAACAACUUCAACGACCUGGGCUGCUCUAUUUCUAGUUGCAGAUUUCUGCACACCUGCUCCUUCUGCGGCGGCGCUCACGCCCGGUCCUCCUGUCCCCACAACCCCACCUGA